AUGAAGAAGCGGGACGGUCCGCCCCGGAGCGAGGCUGAGGGCAGCAAGAAGAGCCUGCAGUUUGUGGGCGUGCUGAACGGGGACCCCGGCCCCUGGCAUCCCCAUCCUGGGCUGGGGGCAGUGGCAAAGGGGGGCACGGAGGGAGGAGCCCUGAAGUCCAUCAUGAAGAAGCGGGACGGUCCGCCCCGGAGCGAGGCUGAGGGCAGCAAGAAGAGCCUGCAGUUUGUGGGCGUGCUGAACGGGGAGUACGAGAGCACAUCCAGCGAGGAGGAGGAGGAGGAAGACGACAGCUCCUCCGAGAAGGCUUCGGUUGACAGCUCCGACAGUGAGGAGCAGGGGGAUGUGGAAACCUCAGACGAGGAUGCCGGAGAAGGCGAGUGUGAGCCAGGAUGGGAGUGCGAGGGGGCCGGUGUGACCCUGCCGGAGCCCCCGGAGGUGAAGGAGAAGUUCGAGCUCAGCCCCAGGAUGCGGGAAGCCUGCCUCAUCGUCAAGACCCACCUGGGCCACCCUGGUGCCACCAAGAGCAAAGAGGUGGUGAGGGUCUGUAAUGUGGACCACCAGAACAAAGCCGGCUACACAGCUCUCAUGCUGGCAGCGCUGGCGGCCGUCGAGCAGGAAGAUGACAUGAACGUGGUCAGGAGGCUCUUCAGCAUGGGCAACGUCAACGCCAAGGCCAGCCAGGCUGGCCAGACGGCGCUGAUGCUGGCCGUCAGCCACGGCCGGCAGGAGAUGGUGGAAGCCCUGCUCGCCUGCGGGGCCGACGUGAACCUGCAGGACGAGGAGGGCUCAACUGCGCUGAUGUGCGCCUGCGAGCACGGCCGCGUGGAGACGGUGAAGCUGCUGCUGGCUCAGCCCACCUGCAACAUCUCCAUCGUGGACAGCGAUGGGAAUAACGCCGUUGCCAUCGCGCUGGAGGCCGGCCACAGCAACAUCGCCGUGCUCCUCUACGCCCACCUCAAUGACACCAAGGCGCAGCUGCCCCAGGUGACAUCACCAACAGCCCCAAAAAGCCCUGGGAGCCCAAAGAAACCAAACUAGAGUGACCUUCAGAUCCAGCCAGAGGCUCGCUGGCCACCAUCAGCACUAGGCUGUAAUUUAUGUCCCCUCUCCUGCCACUCCUUUGUGGGCUGAACCAUGCUCUGCAGCUGCUUUAAUCCUCCUGUCACUAGAGCAGGCACCGUCCCUGGGCCUCACUCACCCCUCUGCACUGCUGGAGGAGGCCCCAAGUGACACCGAGAGACAGAGGAGCCAAGCAUCAAGUGACCUUGGGGUGGGAAAUGGCAGCGAGGCCUCAUCCCCUCUGCUCCCCACGACGAUCGCUGGAGCUGCGCCACCUUGGAGCCCUCUGCAAGUCGCUCGCUUGCUGGAACAGCAGAAAACAAACCCAGCAGAAAUCACACCUGGUUUCUGCUCCCAGCAGCUCCAGGAAGGCAGCGGAUCCGGUGGCGGAGCGGGGCUGUGGGAGGGCGAACAUCAGCUCCUGGCCCCUGCUGUGCUGCGUGGUGCAGGCAGGGAAGCUGGUGCUCAGCAGGCGAGUCCUGCGCAAUGAUGGGAGAGGGGAGACAAACCAGCUGGUUAACACUGCCUCGGAGGCGGGCUGGGAAAGCUUCCAGACUGAAAUACUUGCCCUUCUUCUGUGGCAUUUCCUUUCCUGGCUGAAAUCUGAACUUUUUUCUAGCACGUGCACAGAAAGCAAAAAAAAAAAUAUAUAUAUUGCUUAUUCAAAGGAUGGAGUUCAACAUGAAAUCACUUGGUGAUUUGAUUUGCUCAAUGGGAGCAAAACUUUUGGGCACUCAGGGCUGCAGCUGAGCUGACAGAAGGGGGCUGAUAGCCCACACCAGGAGCAGGGACCUUCUCCAAAGGGAAAGCUGGGAAUUGUCACCUAAACAGUUCCCAUUUCCAACAGUCUCACAGCCACAGAAGGCAGCCAGAGCCCACAACCAAGUCGCUCUCUGCCCACCUGCCUUCCCAAAAGGGAGGAGAGCGGCUGAGGAUAGCUCCAGGAAAAAGAUUGGCAAGGAGAGCUCAGAGAGCCCGCGGAGAUGGAUGUGUAUGUCGGAGGACGUGUGUGCGUCUGUGCGAGUGUGUGCGCAGCAGGAGGGGUGGGAACAGAGAAGGUAAGGACUAAGGACGGGGAGGAAGAGGAAGAAGAGGCUUUUGCACGUCAAGCCGGCUCCGCUCUCCAAAUCCUUCACAAAGCUAACGUGUGUCGCAGCCCCCACUUCUGCUCCUCAGCCCAGCCUCCCCCCCACCAUCACUCUCGCCCCACACAGGCCUGUUCUGAGCCAUUCCCUAAGCUGGGAAACGCUCCCAAAAACCCUUGUUCUGGGCAACACACUGCUGUCCUCACAGGGGGCCUGUUUCGGCUUUGCACUGAAGCUAACAUACGAUGCUCACAGCCGCUCUCUGUACACGGCUCUGUAUGUAUUCUGUACUCACUGCUUUGGUUUCACACGUUUGUUUACUGAUA